AUGCGAGCAAAUUCAGUAUUAGAGAAUAUCAUCGAAGCACCCGUAAAGCUGGGCGCAACAUCUCAUGUAAAUGCUGAUCCACGUAAAGGACCUCAAGGUGAUAUUAUAUAUAAUCCUGGGAAUCCUGUACUAACUGGAACUAUCAAAGUCUAUACUUUUUUUUAUGGUACUUGGACUGAGGAACAAAAGAAUAUAGUGCUUACAUUUAUUGUGAACAUUGCAAAUACACCAUGGUUCAACAUACUACGUACUUAUUAUCAAGAGAUAGAUGGAGUUCAAACAUAUGUAACAGGUCCACUGGAAGCCACGACGACAUAUAAUUUGGGGACCAGCUAUGGAACUACACUUAGUAAAAAUAGUAUUCCAAACACAUUAACUACUUUAAUUCAGGCUGGAUCUAUUCCAAAUGAUCCGAAUGGUAUCUACUUGUGGCUGAAUUCUGCAGAGAUAGACGAAACUAAUGUAUUCGAUCAAAGUUUAAUAAAGGACUAUUGCGGUUAUCAUUAUUAUUUCUCAAUUGAAGGAACAAACUAUAUCUACGCAGUUACAGGAGAUCUGGCAAGAUCUACUGAUAAUGGCUGUAGUAAAAUUGACGCGAAUCCAAAUGGCACACCUAAUGGUGAUCGUGGUAUUGACGCUAUGAUGAGUACUGUGGCACAUGAAUUAGCAGAAGCAAUUACAGAUCCAUACGUGAAUUCAUGGCGUGAUGAAAAUAACUAUGAAAAUGCUGACAAAUGUUCCCAUCGAUAUGAACCAACUGUUAAGCUUCAACAUGGUAUUAAGUACAAUGUACAGGCUGGUGACAGACGUUAUCUUAUUCAACAAAAUUGGGAUGCAAAUACUCAGCAAUGUACAAUGUCUGCCUAA